CGCUUCCCUCUCUCUCUCUCUCUCUCUCUAAAACUCUCAUUCAUUCGCUUCUGCCUUCUGGCUGUGGCUGCCUGUUCUGGUUUUUGGUUAAUCCUCUCGCGAAACCUCAUCCGCAAAGGAAAAACCAAACAGAAACAAUAGACAACCUAUUAGCCCCAACCUGCCAAAACACCCCAAAAACGUUGUCCUUCUGUUUGUUUAUUGUUGCUAAGACAACUUUUCUUUCUCCUAUUCUGUAGUGUUCAAGGGCCAACCUUUUCGUCUAUCUCUAUAAAUUAUUCAUCUUUUGGGAUCGAUUGGGAUUUUUUGCACGCGUGAAAUCCUUCUGGUACUUGUCCGUGGGUUUGAUUUGUACCUCAAGGGUUUGUUUUGUGUGAAUCGUAUAUAUCUAGUUGUGGAAAUUGAGUCGUUUUCUUAGAGUUUAUUGCCAUUUUUUUGGAAAAAAGAAAAAUAAAAAGGAAGUGGUUGGUGACGAGGUACUUGGGAUUUUGAAGAUUGUUUUUGAACUGGGAAUAUAAAAGAAGGGAAGCUGCUAUCGAUUUUUCUCUUUGGCGCAUGAUUAUCAAUACUGGAGGCAAUUUGGUUGUUGUAAUUGAGUUUCAAUUGGAUCAUAUUUUUCUGUUUGUUUGUUGAAUUUAAAGAUACCUUUGUUGGUUAAAUCGAUUUGUUAACACGAAAGGCUUUUCGAAUUUAUCUGUUUUGAGCAUUUGUCAUUGAUGGGAUUCAUCCAAAUCUGGCAAACAUGAUGAUGAGAUGACGACGAAAAUUUGAAGCUUUGUUGAUCAUGUCUCUCUAAGACAGCAGUUUGACACAGAUUUGUUUUUGGGAUUUGCUUGUUUUCUUUUGAUUGUUUUUUGUUGUUUCGAUUACUCUUUGGUAGUUGGUGUUCUGCGAUUCGGUUGUUCUGCAUUGAUUGUUAGCAAUGGAUUCAAGGACAAGUGAGAAUGUUGAAGUUGCGGAUGUACCAAACAUGGUGGAUCACUUGAAAGGUAAUAUGAAGUCAAAGCUCAGAAGUGCAGGGAGUGUGAGUUUCAAAGAGGUGGAACCAAAUAUUACGGGCACAGGAAGUAUUAGUAACAAAGAGAUGAUCUUCCGAGCGGAUAAAAUCGAUUUGAAGAACUUAGAUAUACAGCUUGAGAAGCAUUUGAGCCGGGUUUGGUCCAAAAACAUUGAGAGAACCAGGCCUAAGGAAGAAUGGGAGAUUGAUUUAGCUAAAUUGGAAAUAAGAUACAUUGUAGCUCGAGGGACCUAUGGUACCGUAUUCAGGGGUACCUAUGAUGAUCAAGAUGUUGCAGUGAAGCUGUUGGACUGGGGGGAGGACGGCUAUGCCACAGUUGCUGAAAGUGCUGCUCUGCGGGCAUCGUUUCAAAAAGAAGUUGCUGUUUGGCACAAGCUUGACCAUCCUAAUGUUACAAAGUUCAUUGGAGCUUCAAUGGGAACUUCAGAUCUUAAGAUUCCUACAAAAGGCUCUUCAAGUGACGGUGUAAUUUCACAUCCUGCAAGAGCAUGUUGUGUUAUUGUGGAGUACGUCGCUGGUGGGACACUAAAGCAGUACUUGAUAAGAAAUAGGCAUAAGAAACUUGCCUUUAAGGUUGUGGUCCAACUUGCUUUGGACCUUUCUAGAGGUCUUAGCUAUCUGCAUUCUCAGAAGAUUGUACACCGUGAUGUCAAGACAGAGAAUAUGCUACUUGAUACUCGCAUAAACCUUAAAAUAGCUGAUUUUGGUGUUGCUCGUGUUGAAGCUCAGAAUCCAAGGGACAUGACUGGUGAAACUGGUACCCUUGGAUACAUGGCUCCAGAGGUUUUGGAUGGUAAGCCUUACAAUAGAAGAUGUGAUGUCUAUAGCUUUGGCAUAUGUCUAUGGGAAAUUUAUUGCUGCGACAUGCCCUACCCGGAUCUUAGCUUUGCUGAUGUUUCAUCUGCGGUUGUUCGGCAGAACCUACGGCCAGAAAUCCCCAAAUGUUGUCCAAGUUCUUUGGCAAACAUCAUGCGCAUGUGCUGGGAUGGAAAUGCAGAUAAACGUCCUGAAAUGGGUGAGGUGGUGAAACUGUUGGAAGCGAUUGAUACGAGCAAAGGAGGCGGAAUGAUACCUGAAGACCGUUCUCCGGGCUGUUUUUGUUUUGCUCCCACUCGCGGUCCAUGAGCUUAUUACCCUUUAUGUGUACCAACCACCAAAGAAAAUUGAUCGGGCUGUUUUCUUGCCAGAAAUAAGAUAAAAACAGAAAGAGAGGUGAGGUUUUCUCGGAUAUGCAGUUGCAGACUCUCUUAAGGUUGCAAACUUGUUUCUUUAUUGAAUCAACAAAGAAAGGUUUAUGAUUUUCUCAUCAAUCUCUAUUCCAUCUUGUGUUUGUGAUGUGGUUGUGUGUCAAUACUGCGUCGUGCCAUAUCAACUGGUCCAAGGUGGUUAUUGUUGGGGAGAUGUUCUUGCAUUUGAGAUAAGCCGAGUGAAAGGCUCAUAAUGUAAAGCUAUGAAUGCCAUGGGUUAGAAUCGUAGACUAUAGGAAGAUGAACGGCUGAGAUCACUUUGAUGAAUGUGUGAGCUCCAGCUAUGUAACUGACAUUGUCAGUGCACGAUUUCUUUGUGUGAGAGUGAGAAGAAUAUGAACAUUCCUCUGUGGUUUACAGAGGCUGAAGCAUUCAACCAUUCUGAGCAUUUUCCAUUGUACAA